CCUAAAUCCCACGGUACCCGAACGUUAGAACCACCUUCUCUUUUCCCUGCCUUUUUAUGCCACUCAUAUAUAAACUCUGUUCUUCCCGGUGAUUUCACAAAUACCAAGAAGAAUCCUAAAUCACAGACUCUCCUCCCGAAUUUGAAAUAUCUGCAAACAGCUUCAAAAUUAUAGGGAGAGCUUUCGAUCUGAGCUCUCGCUACGAGUCCCGGAGUGGGCUUGUGUUAUGAAUGGUGUGCUCAGGAGCGUGGGAGGGUCAGCGAGUGCCGGAGGCGAUGGCGAUGGGCUACGAAAGAACAAGGCCGCUUCACAAUUUCACGCUUCCUUGCUUGAAGUGGGGCAUCCAGAAGCAUCUUCGGUGCCAGAAAGUCGAUGAAUCAAACAAUCAAACAGUAUCGGCUGCCUCCGGCGACCGUAAACGGAGAUCUCCACCAUCCAAUUAUGCUGCCGAUUCCUCUCGCGAAUCGGAUGGUCGUCGGCUCAAUAUUCCAAAGCAGAUUGGCGGCGAUGGCAAGGAGGAUACGAAUGGGGUCGCUGGGGAGAAUGGCAUGAUUGAUCUGGUGAAUGCCUUGUCCGAUUUUGAAGAGAACUCUGUGGGAGAGGGAAAAAAGGGUGCAUCCAAGGAGGUGAAUGGGCAGAGGAAGCAGGAACCUCCUUCCGGGGUGGCGCAGGUGGAUGAGGCGCGACCUUGGAAUCUGAGGACCAGGAGGUCUGCCUGUAAGUCUCCCAUCAGUGGGGAAGCGGUUUCUGCUGGAAACGGAUUAAGGAUCGAGAGGAAGCAGAAUUAUGAAUCGCCCUUGAGGAGUGAAAUCGCCAAGUCGUCGAGGUUCGGCGGCACUGGAGAGAAGGAGAGGGCUAAGUUUUCGAUUCAGCUCACGAGGAAGGAGAUCGAACAUGAUUUCAAGGCGUUAGUGGGCCACCGGCCUGCAAGGAGGCCCAAGAAACGUCCGAGGACCGUACAGAAAGAGUUGGACUCGAUCUUUCCGGGUGUGUUGUUGAGGGAAGUGACGGCUGAUAUGUACAAGGUGGAGGAAUUUCCAGAAAGCGGGAAGAGGUAGUCAUGGAGAUGGUUGCCUUCCAAAGGAACAUUAGACUUUCAAGGAUUAGUUGACUCAUGUGAGACUUCUGGUGGAGCUAAUUAGGGGUACACUGAAGUUCGUCACCAUCUUGGUGAAACAGGAAUUUGAUGCAAGUGAUGAAUUCUUUGUUUUCACUAUGUCGUGUAGGUUCAGUCGCUUUGAAAUGCUAAUUUUGUUCAUUAAUCAUUGGUUAAUUUUUCUUUAUAUUUACUAGAGAAUAAUUUGUCAAAAGAAGGGGAGUUCUGUGAGCUCAAUUGUUUGAGAACAGUUAAUAAGCUCUCUUGAAUUUUAAUAAAUUUAUUUCUGGAUUUUUAAGUUGUGAUGUUUGAUUACCUUGAAG